AUGCCUAUUCUAUCUGGAAAUGUUGAGAUGUUCCCUUGGCUGAUAUGGUAUAUAUGGAAGGCUCGUAAUGAGAAGUGCUUCAACGGAAAGGACGUCACACCUCUGGAUACACUCCAGCUCGCAAGCAGCGAAGCUGAAACAUGGCUGAUCGCGCAGAUAGUGGAGGAAGUAGCAGACGCGGUACCAGAGGAAGGGGCUGUACCAACACUGAAUGAGGGGCGAGCAAUGAACUUUAAAUGGAGAUGCCAAGUUGAUGCAUCUUGGAAGGAUAAGGAGGAAGGAGCCGGUAUGGGAUUCGUUCUUUUUGAAGAAAAUCAAGCAAAACUGAUAGGAGUGAGAAAGGGUGGGUGUGUGCCGUCGCCAAUGCACGCUGAAGCAGAGGCUCUGUGUUGGGCGAUGAAAGAGACACGACGACUAGGAGCUACGGAAGUCUGCUUUGAGUCGGACUGCCAACAUCUGGUCCGUCUCAUUCAAACCCGCAGGAAUGGCCGGCCCUUGGCUCGGAACUCGACGAGAUCGACUUUAUCAGUUCUGAAUUCUCUUCCUUUUCUAUUCGCUUUAUUCGCCGUAAUGAUAAUGUCCGUGCAGACUGUCUUUCAAAGGCAGGUCGAUCACGAGUAUCAGGCUUUUGUUUCGUGGAUAACAAGAUACCACCAUGGCUAG